CAAACUGCACUGAUUCCUCCCAAAGUAAGGAGUAAAAAAUAUUAAAUAAAUAAAAAAAAACCGUCGGUAGAGAUGGUAGUAAUAUUAGCGACGUAAGCUGGCGCCAAAACCCACUGCAAAGAUCUCAAAACCUCGAACGAUCCAAUCUAAACCCGCUGAAUUCCAAGCUUUCUUUAGCCCAAAAUAAAAAACGUCAAGAAACAAAGUUAAGUAAAAACAAAAUUACGAGAAAAUGAAGAAGACGGCGCAUUCUUGGUUCUUAGGCGGACCCAGCAGCAGCGGUGUCGAUCAACAGAAAUCACCGUCUUUGCUGGCAGAUUGGAAUGGCUACGCCGCUUCCCAAGACUCUGAUUCUGCUGCUCUUGGGUUCGAUCUCGAAGCCGCCGUCCGUACCACCACCGACAAAGUGAGCGGCACAUUUAACGGGGUCUCAAAAGGAGUCAGAGACUUACCAGGCAGCUUUCACUCUGCAACUAGCAAUGUACCUUCUGGUAAAUCCUUAAUGUACUUCGGCAUGCUCCUUGCUGCUGGAGUGUUCUUCAUUUUGAUUGCAUUCACCAUGUUCCUUCCAGUGAUAGUAUUGGUGCCUCAGAAGUUUGCUAUCUGCUUUACAAUCGGUUGUGCAUUAAUUGUUGGCUCAUUCUUUGCUUUGAAAGGUCCUCGAAAUCAGCUUGCUCACAUGUCCUCCAAAGAGAGGCUGCCUUUUUCAUUGGGUUUCAUAGGCAGUAUGGUGGGAACCAUUUAUGUUUCCAUGUGGCUUCAUAGUUACUUUCUUUCCGUGCUGUUCUCUGUAUUACAGGUUGUUUCACUAUCAUACUAUGCCAUAUCCUACUUCCCUGGAGGAUCUGCUGGAUUGAAAUUUCUUUCUUCUGCUCUUACCUCGUCGGUAUGGAGAUGCUUUGGGAGGUGAUAUUGGGGUCCAGGCUUCUCAUAUGGUGAUUUGGUCAUUCACAACUUGCAGCCUUUUACGAGAUUCAGGUUCUUCCAAUAUUCAUUGUUGUGAAACAUUAGUAGUUAUGUAUAAUCUUUCUUGGAGUAACUUCUGAUCAGAUUAUGAGAUAUAAUUGAGUUGCCUUUCAGAUUCAACCAUAUUUUAGGCACAUGAUAAAUUCCUGUACAUUUGUUCUUUUAAAAUCUAAAUAGUCACGAUAACAUAAUGCAUUUUUUUAAAAAUUAUUUCUUUAUAUUUUGUCAUUUUGGAAUAUGCUUUUGGGCCCCUGUGGAAAUAUUUAUAUUAUCUGCUUGAAAGAGGACCGAUAGUGAGUGAAGCUAAAACUAAUGUUUGAGCACCCUUGCAUCCUAGCCUAAUCCUUAUUGCAACUAGUACAAGCAUCUCCCCCCUAUGUCCCAUAGUAGAACAAACUAGAAUCUCAUGUAUUAUGUUGCUUGGAGUUGAGAGCCAGCGAUGGAUACGGGUAUGUAUCAAAUAGACAGAUGCAUGUACUUUUUUCUUUUCUAAAAUUUUUCAUU